CAACUGGAAAGCGCUCACUAUGCCAGUGUGACUCCCCUGCUUUCACUGGCUAUCAGAAAGCAGUAACUCAUAUUUCUGUCUCAGCAAUGGAAGGAGUAGUUACAAGACACUGGGUGGAAACUCCUGUACGUUAUCAGGAGCAGUUUGCUGUCCAAGAUCUGGAAGUGUGCAAGUUGGAUCACUCUUUAUAUGCUUUGCCAGGCCCAUCCAAGGCUGAGGUGAGAAGCCGACAUGCAACAAAAAGUACAGCUACAGCAGAGAAGGACAGCACCGAGGAAGGCAAACCCAGCUUUCAGGUCUUACUGGAUGUUGUGCAGUUCCGUCCUGAAGAUAUCAUCAUUCAAACUUUCGAAGGCUGGCUCCUGAUCAAAGCUCAGCAUGGACCUAGGAUGGACGAACAUGGUUUCAUAUCCAGAAGCUUUGUUAGACAAUACAAAUUACCUAAUGGAGUCAAGAAAAAAGAUUUGUCUGCUCUCUUCUGCCAUGAUGGCAUUUUGGUUGUUGAAAUGAAGAGCUCAGAGGGAAUGGACUAAAAUCUUUUUAAUUGUUAUUGGUGAGAUAAUAUUAUUCCUAAUGUAACUCAAACAAUACUUUGCAAUGUAGCCAUGCAUGUGAAGUUGUUGGUUUGUAUUUACAAUGGAGAUAAGAACAAAACUUUGCAUAUAUUUUCAGCAUGUUGAGUUUUAUUGUUUGAUGUGAAAUGUAAGACUACUUUCCUUCAGCUGCAUAUGUGCUGGAGACCCACGCUUUUUAGACAAAAGAAAGUUUAUGGCAGUCAUAAAAAAUGAAAAAUAUUUCAUAUAAUGCUCUCUGAUGAGGUACCAAGUGUAAAGCAUGUAUAAAAAUGCCAAUAAACAGGGGUUACCUUUGUAAAAUGUAUUCAUGAGAUAAAUAAUGAAAGAAGCAGCAGACAUUUUAUGGAAUUUUAAUUUUACAUAACAGAAAAAUGCCAUGUUUUCAUAAGUUAUAUCACUAUAUAAUGUUAACUUCAACAUUUCUUAGAUGUCAAAGCACGCAUGAGCCGC